GCGCGUGUCCCCCGCCCCCCGUGCGGCCGGAGGGAGGAGGUGGUGCCACUCGGGGGAACUCAGGUGCGCGGGUACUUAGGCGCUCACCGGCGUCUCGCCUUCUCUCCUUUGCAGGUGAGCCGGCUCCCCAAGCCUGCAUCCCGCUCCUGGCGGCCGGGACCCCCUUUUGAUUCGUCAGUGCCUCUCUAUGUUUUGGGAAUUUAUUUCUUCUUCUUCUUUUUCUUCUUCUUCUUUUUUAUUUUUCUUUUUUUGCUAGACGACCUUUCCUUCAAAAGUUAAUUUUUUUGGCUUUUUUAAAAUAACAACCUCACUUGCUCACCCGCCCGUCCGCCCGCACGCCCCGCGCCCCGCGGCCGGCGGCAGCACCUGCAGCGCCCCGGAGACCCCCGCGCCCCCCAGGGCCAUGGAGGUGACGGCGGACCAGCCUCGCUGGGUGAGCCACCACCACCCGGCCGUGCUCAAUGGGCAGCACCCGGACUCGCACCACCCCGGCCUCGGCCACUCCUACAUGGACCCGGCGCAGUACCCGCUGCCCGAAGAGGUGGACGUGCUCUUCAACAUCGACGGCCAAGGCAACCACGUCCCGUCCUACUACGGGAACUCAGUGCGCGCCACGGUGCAGCGCUACCCGCCGGCCCACCACGGAAGCCAGGUCUGCCGCCCCCCGCUGCUGCAUGGAUCCCUGCCCUGGCUGGACGGGGGCAAGGCCCUGGGCAGCCACCACAGCGCCUCGCCCUGGAACCUCAGUCCCUUCUCCAAGACGUCCAUCCACCACGGCUCCCCAGGGCCCCUAUCCGUGUACCCGCCGGCCUCAUCCUCCUCGCUGUCUGCCGGCCACUCCAGCCCUCACCUCUUCACCUUCCCGCCCACCCCACCCAAGGACGUGUCCCCGGACCCCGCGCUGUCGACGCCGGGUGCGGGCGGUGCGGGCCGGCCGGAGGAGAAGGAGUGCAUCAAGUACCAGGUGCCGCUGCCCGACAGCAUGAAGCUGGAGUCCUCGCACCCGCGGGCAGCGGGCAUGGCCGCCCUGGGGGGCGCCGCCACCUCGGCCCACCACCCCAUCACCUCCUACCCACCCUAUGUGCCGGAGUACAGCUCGGGACUGUUCCCCCCCAGCAGCCUGCUCGGGGGCUCCCCCACUGGCUUCGGCUGCAAGUCCAGGCCCAAGGCGCGAUCCAGCACAGGCCGGGAGUGCGUGAACUGUGGGGCCACGUCCACCCCGCUCUGGCGGCGAGACGGAACCGGCCACUACCUGUGCAAUGCCUGCGGCCUCUACCACAAGAUGAACGGGCAGAACCGGCCCCUCAUCAAACCCAAGCGGAGACUGUCUGCAGCCAGAAGGGCGGGUACGUCCUGCGCCAACUGCCAGACCACCACCACCACGCUCUGGAGGAGGAACGCCAACGGGGACCCGGUGUGUAACGCUUGCGGCCUCUACUACAAGCUGCACAAUAUUAACAGACCCCUGACCAUGAAGAAGGAAGGCAUCCAGACCCGGAACCGGAAGAUGUCUAGCAAGUCGAAAAAGUGCAAGAAGGUCCACGAGACGCUGGACGAGUUCCCCAAGAGCAGCUCCUUCAACCCCGCCGCCCUGUCGAGACACAUGUCCUCUCUCAGCCACAUCUCCCCCUUCAGCCACUCCAGCCACAUGCUGACCACGCCCACGCCCAUGCACCCCCCGGCCAGCCUCUCCUUCGCGCCUCACCACCCUUCCAGCAUGGUGACCGCCAUGGGCUAGGGC